GACCAUUCUGCACAGCUGUCUCAUCCUAUAUGCGAUUGACGAACCCGACGGAGCAUGUCAUCUUGUUCAAAAUCAAAACAACCGCGCCUAAGAAAUACUGUGUGCGUCCAAACUGUGGAGUCCUAGAACCAAAGACCACGAUCGAAAUUGCAAUUAUCCUUCAACCAUUCAUCUUCGAUGCGGCCGAAAAGAACAAACACAAGUUCAUGGUGCAGUCGAUGAUCAUGCCGGAAGGCGACGUCAGCACCGAACAGCUAUGGAAGGAUGUCAGCCCGGAUGACCUUAUGGACUCUAAACUGCGGUGUGUAUUCGAGUUGCCGGCCGAGACAAAUCAGACCGCACCGGGGGCGCCAAUCACGGCUACUAGCACUACUACCAGUCAGUCAGCUAACGCUACACCGAAUAAGAACGAAUCGGGUGUGCCAGUGGCAGAUACACAGUACGGUGGCAGUGGCGUUAGUAACGAAGAAGACAAGGACGGAUUGAUGCAGGAAGUGAAGAAACUGCGGGAAUCUGAAUGUUCCUUACGUCACGAGAAUCUGAUGCUAAAGGAAAAACUGCUCCGAAUGCGACUAGACUUGGAAAACAGCGCCAAGGAACAACAACAGCAAUCGUCGGUUUCCAGCGGACUGGGAUCGGGUGGUUCACCCUCGUCUGUAUCGGCAGCGGCGGCGGCCCAGUACCAGAACCCGUACAGCCCGCCCCAGCUGGCCAACCAGCAGCAGAUGCCGAUCGUGUACGUGGCCGUCGCGAUUGCCAUGGCCAUAUUUGGGCUUAUUCUGGGAAAGUUUGUGCUCUGAACACUGAACGACACCGGAAGCGGAAGUGGCAGUGGUGUGAGCUCUAACAACAGCGACGGCAAUGAUAAUAAGUUGAAUAAUUGAGUUCAGAGUGUAGUAGCAUAUAACAACAUAAGGCAAACCAGAAGAAGAUGAGAAACUAUUUAAAGGCAUAUAGGUUGGGAAUUGGGAUGGGUGAAAAACACACGAGAGAAAAAUAAACUUAUAUGAGGGACAAAACCAUGCAUGUAGGCGUAAUUAAUUGAACACUAAAUAAGGUACAGUGGAGUAAGCGACAAAAGAGAGCAAAAUCCGUAAUAACGAUAGUGACUCCUGUAGUUGUUAAAUUUUUGGGAUCGUGUUUUUCGCUUAACCUACUCUACUUUGAGGAAUAUAGGAAACCGGUAUGGCAUUCAUUGUACUACCAACAAUAAAAUGAAACAAACACAAAAUCAGUUCUCGCUGUAACGGAAACCCUAGCAGUUGAAACAAGUAAAUAAGCCCUAAAUGGUUAAAAUGAAGAUAAAUAUACAAAAAAGAACAAUGAAAUCAAUGUGAAGCUGAACUAAAACUAGAAUAACUCGAAAAGAAAAAAAAAACAUUCGCGAAAGAGAACAAAAAGCAACUGUUAAAACAAAAACUAAAUCAAACAUCGUCUGCCAGUGGCAGGUUCCAUGGACAAAAAGAUAAAACAUUAUGAAAACGUAUUUAUCCUAAAAUUAAAAGAUACAAAAAAAAACAAAAUUGCCAGAUGAAAGCAAGUUACAGGAAAUGAGAGAGUGAUGAGUUAUCGGAUUUUCUCUUGUUGCUAAUUUUUACCAUCAACUAAUUGAGUCAACUUUCAUUUGGAAGCAAUUGAAAAACGUAAAACAACAACACUCACAUAUAAACAAACACACGCAUUACCAAGAUGCUCUCGCUUAGACGUAGAUUUAUUAAAGAAACAAAAGCAAGAUAAUGGAGCUGUUAAGUCAUCCCACAGUUAGGGCGAAUGUUUCCUAUAGCGGAAAUUAUGAAGGAAACGUACGCGCUAGAAUUUCCUCUCGCCCAACAGGACGACGCGAGGGGAAGUGGUGUUAAGGAUGAACCCGCGCAAUCCGAAGUUUUGAGAUGAAGAAUCAUUAUUACCAACUAAACUACCAUGCCACGCUAUUCAAUUUAUUCGUUCGUUACGCGCUGGCACCGGACGGGGAAAGACAACAAAAAAAUCGUGUCGUGUAGUGAUUUGAAAUUUUUCAAACAGCGAAAGCCCUUCUCUAGAGGAUAAGAUUACCAACUAAACACACUACCGACUACUACGAAUAGAAAACUAGAAUGGAGAAUACAACCAAUAGAACUGGCGAUCGAAAAAGGGGGUAGAGAGCAAGAGCCGUACAUAUUUGUUACGUUUAUAGGUUGACCGCAGAAACGUCUUCUAUAACCAGUUUAGGAUGCAUACCUUUACGCUUUUCUGUGCUAAGUGAGCUACUACAGAGAUCACUCUGAAUGACCUGUUAAAAGUGCGGUUUAAUUUUUUUUGUUUAAGAUUAAGUCGAUUGAUUUUUUUGGGAAACGCGAUAUACCAGAAAGGGGGUGGAUUGGUUCGGUGAAACCAUUUCGAGUGUACCGGGAGGGAUAGGAAGAAAACAUAACAACCCAAAAUAUAGAUUGUGCACUAGGGAAAGGAAUCAUUUAUUAUUCAUAGAACUAACAAUCGAAUCGAACACUACAAAAAUACAACUGUUUGGAGCGCAGCUUGAACGCAGAACAAAAUGAGGCAGUUUCUUUCCUAAUUUUUUGAAAUGUAAUGCAAUAACAAACUGGAAGCGCCUAGGUUUCCUUGUCGGUGUUGCUCUGCUAAAACAGCACAAGACGAGCGCUCCUUGUCGAUGCAAAAAAAAACAUCAUACAAAUAGACACAGAAUAAAUUUUUAAGAGUUGGAAACAGUAAAACAUAUAUGUAAAGUGCUUUUCUGGAAACAAAGACGAACGUUACAUUACUAAUCAAACCUAACCUAAACAAUAGUUACACAUAGCGCUGAUGUAGAUUUCGUUUUAUUUUAAUUUUUUUGUAUCAGUUCCAUAUAUCAGUGACACACGUACACAGCCUUUAUGUGAUUGAUUGCAUUAUUCCUGUUUUGUUUUAUUUUCGUUCUGUGCAAAACCCCUUAGGAUCGUGGUUAUUUUGUUUUCUUUUUAUCGUAUAAUAAAAAUAUUAUUCCAAAA